AUCCGCGGCUCCUCGGGAGAUGGGGCUCCUCCUCCUCCAUGAUCAUGAAUUAAUUACUCCAAGGCUAACUUAGCUAGCCAACUACUAAUUAGUUUACAUAGUUUCUCGAAGCUGCGUCGGUCGACUGAUCCCCGUCCCUCUGAAAUUGAAUCCACCCCCUGGGCUGUCUGCGUCAACCGAUCAUGGCGGAGGAAGCCGAGACAGCUGCAGACGUCCCGCAGUUCGCCUUCAAGAAGCGCUCUGCCAAAGCCAAGUCCAGCCUGCGCAAGAAGGCUGCCACCCCACCCCCGGCCGCAGACUCGGACUCAGACUCGAGCUUUGUGUCCUCAGACGACGAGGAGGGUCGCAGGAUCAAGCGGAGACGCAAGAAUGCCGUCGUGACAGCAUCCUCCGCGGACAAUCAGAUUCGAAAGGAUAUCGUGCAUGACCAACCCGCCGCCACAUCGGUUGUACCUAUCCCAGCGGGCAACGACGCGACCAAACAGUCAAACUGGUAUGAUGAAGGCAAGGAGGAUGACUUGAGCGCGAAGAACCUCUUGGGAAACACCAGAUCGAACCCGUCAGCCCCGUCAGCUCCCGAUGGCACCUACAAGGGUGCCGCAAACUACACAUCGUUCAUCCAGAAGAAUCCCAAUGCUCCCACGAAGCAGGUCGGGCCCAUGAAGGCCCCGACCAACGUGCGCACAGUGACGGUCAUGGAUUUUGCUCCUGAUGUCUGCAAAGAUUACAAGACCACAGGGUUCUGCGGCUUUGGAGAUUCUUGCAAGUUCCUCCACGCGCGCGAGGACUACAAGCAAGGAUGGGAACUCGACCGCGAGUGGGAGAUCGGGACCAAGGGCAAGAAACUCGCUGGACGGACGGUGGCGUCACAAAGCAAGCGCGGCAAGACGGCGGAGGAUGACGAGGAUGACGAUGACGAUGAGUUGCUCGAGAGCAUCCCGUUCGCCUGUAUCAUCUGCAAAGGACCAUACAAGAGUCCCAUCAUCACGAAAUGCGGACACUACUUCUGCGAGUCCUGCGCCCUACAACGGUAUCGGAAGAACCCGUCCUGUGCAGCCUGCGGUGCUGGAACCGGAGGUGUGUUCAAUGUCGCAAAGAAGCUCAACCGCCUGCUCGAGAAGAAGCGGGAACGCGCUCGUAAGAGGCGCGAGAAGGCCAUUGCUGAAGGCGAGGAAGUCAGCAGUGAGGAAGAGGAGGAGGAAGAAGGUGGUGUUGAGUGAUCCUCUGAUCUAUUCAGACAUUGGCCAUCGGAGAAUCAUUUUUACUUCAUUUACUAAUAAUCAAAAUAGACAAAAGUCGGCGGAAUUCCGCAGCGGGCUGCGGUCAAUAUGGCUAACCAAGUACAGCCACAACUGACUUUUAUGUAUUUACUCUUUGUGUACAUAUCCAUCAGUGUCAAUUCACUUCCAAGCCACCUUUUCAGACUCCAAAGUCCAAAAUCAGAGGCUUACAUGGUCUGUCCUAGCCGUAUCUGGCUGAAACAUUAGAGUGGUCUCUCCGAUAAACUAGGCCGGCAUGCCAAGACACGGCGGGUAACCCCUGACGAAAAGGAUCAUGCGGACGACUCUUUGACCGUAACUGCAGAGUACUAUCUAUCUAUCUGAAUCAAGAAUAAUUAUUAUGC